CCUAGUUCGGCAUGGGUGGAAACUGUACUUUUAUAGUCAAUUAACUCUCUUGCCUCGGGAAGAUGGGUUUAAUAUGAGUUGUUAUGCUUCUAAUGAUUACAUAAUCCUACCCCUGUUUUAUCGAAAGGAAUCAGUUCCACAUUGAAGAAGACUUCUUUGAAGCGGUCAAAGUAUUCAAUGUGACGUGUCUUAAAUGGUGGGAACCUGUUCAUUCCACCCUCAGUAAGACAAAUCUAACUAAAUUACCAGAUCACCUGAAAGAUCUGAAAACGAUACCUAUGGAUCAGUUACUAAAUGAACUGAGGAGUAUGCAGAAUCAAGUCAAACAGAAUAGGAAAUCAAAAUGGCCUUAUGCACUGUUGGGAGUAUCAAUUAUAAUAAGCAUGAUAGUAACGGUAUUAGGUUAUAAAAGGUUCAGAAAAUGGUUAACCCAGAGAUGGAGAGGUAAGAGAGUUGCCAGGGUCACACCCAGUUACGAGAUGGCGUUGAUGAAUUCGGAGGGAGAGGCUUCUACCCUAGGACAAGACGAUUGUUCUGCGCCAACACGUAAGGGAGACAACUCGGGACUAAUGGUCAAACCAGGACACCAGGUGGCGACGGCUGAGCCAGAGGGCAUGGGUAUUGCCCACAGAAGAGGGAUAUCUUCUGCGCCAUUGAGGGAAGAGGAGACGUCAACAGAGGCAGCAGUUGAUGCCGUACGACGUCUAUAUCCCCCCUGACAGUGACGGGUAACUAGGUGUUGGUGGGACACCGAGGGAGGGCCCAGGGUGUGUUGUUCAUGUGAAUGAUGCUGUGACAGACGUCCAAACAUACCAAGACUUUGGAAGCCACAUCAGUGUAAACUGUGUGAGAUGUGGUUUUACUCUGUGUACAGAACUGUGAUACUCAAAAUGACGGUGGACAGAGUUCCCCAUGUGUACAGAACAAUUAUAAUCCAAAUGACGGUGGACAUAGUUUUCCUGUGUGUACAGAACUGUUAUACUCAAAAUGACGGUGGACAGAGCUCCCCAUGUGUACAGAACUGUUAUACUCAAAAUGACGGUGGACAGAGCUCCCCAUGCGUACGGAACAAUUAUAAUCCAAAUGACGGUGGACAGAGUUCCCCAUGUGUACAGAACAAUUAUAAUCCAAAUGACGGUGGACAGAGUUCCCCAUGUGUACAGAACAAUUAUAAUCCAAAUGACGGUGGACAGAGUUCCCCAUGUGUACAGAACAAUUAUAAUCCAAAUGACGGUGGACAGAGUUCCCCAUGUGUACAGAACAAUUAUAAUCCAAAUGACGGUGGACAGAGUUCCCUAUGCGUACGGAACAAUUAUAAUCCAAAUGACGGUGGACAGAGUUCCCCAUGUGUACAGAACAAUUAUAAUCCAAAUGACGGUGGACAGAGUUCCCCAUGUGUACAGAACAAUUAUAAUCCAAAUGACGGUGGACAGAGUUCCCCAUGUGUACAGAACAAUUAUAAUCCAAAUGACGGUGGACAGAGUUCCCCAUGUGUACAGAACAAUUAUAAUCCAAAUGACGGUGGACAUAGUUUUCCUGUGUGUACAGAACAAUUAUAAUCCAAAUGACGGUGGACAGAGUUCCCCAUGUGUACAGAACAAUUAUAAUCCAAAUGACGGUGGACAGAGGUCCCCAUGUGUACAGAACAAUUAUAAUCCAAAUGACGGUGGACAGAGUUCCCCAUGUGUACAGAACAAUUAUAAUCCAAAUGACGGUGGACAGAGUUCCCCAUGUGUACAGAACAAUUAUAAUCCAAAUGACGGUGGACAGAGUUCCCCAUGCGUACGGAACAAUUAUAAUCCAAAUGACGGUGGACAGAGUUCCCCAUGUGUACAGAACAAUUAUAAUCCAAAUGACGGUGGACAGAGUUCCCCAUGUGUACAGAACAAUUAUAAUCCAAAUGACGGUGGACAGAGUUCCCCAUGUGUACAGAACAAUUAUAAUCCAAAUGACGGUGGACAGAGUUCCCCAUGUGUACAGAACAAUUAUAAUCCAAAUGACGGUGGACAGAGUUCCCCAUGUGUACAGAACAAUUAUAAUCCAAAUGACGGUGGACAGAGUUCCCCAUGUGUACAGAACAAUUAUAAUCCAAAUGACGGUGGACAGAGUUCCCCAUGUGUACAGAACAAUUAUAAUCCAAAUGACGGUGGACAGAGUUCCCCAUGUGUACAGAACAAUUAUAAUCCAAAUGACGGUGGACAGAGUUCCCCAUGUGUACAGAACAAUUAUAAUCCAAAUGACGGUGGACAGAGUUCCCCAUGCGUACGGAACAGUUAUAAUCCAAAUGACGGUGGACAGAGUUCCCCAUGUGUACAGAACAAUUAUAAUCCAAAUGACGGUGGACAGAGUUCCCCAUGUGUACAGAACAAUUAUAAUCCAAAUGACGGUGGACAGAGUUCCCCAUGUGUACAGAACAAUUAUAAUCCAAAUGACGGUGGACAGAGUUCCCCAUGUGUACAGAACAAUUAUAAUCCAAAUGACGGUGGACAGAGUUCCCCAUGUGUACAGAACAAUUAUAAUCCAAAUGACGGUGGACAUAGUUUUCCUGUGUGUACAGAACUGUUAUACUCAAAAUGACGGCGGACAGAGUUCCCCAUGUGUACAGAACAAUUAUAAUCCAAAUGAUGGUGGACAGAGUUCUCCUGUGUGUACAGAACAAUUCCAAAAGAUUUUUUACACAAAAUAAUGGUGGAAAAAGUUCCCCAUGCGAACAGAACACUUAUAAUAGCCUUACACUAUAAUCGUGGAGAGUAUUCUCCCAGUGGAAUGUGUUGCUCUGGGUAGUCAACACAGAUAUACGAUUGGACAGGUAAUAAUGAUUAUUGUUAACUGUUUGACUUGUGUAAAUAUAUCAAACCAUGUCCAUUUGCAUGAAUUAUAAGUUUAUUAAGAGGAUUAUAACUAUUAGCAAUUAAUUGGCUAAAAUUGUUAAAUUAGUUUGAAUGUGUUAAAUUGGCUCGUUGAUUUGAAUGUGUUAAACUGGCUCGUAGAAAUCUCCAAGGGAUAUUUCUAAUUGAUAGGGGGCGAGUGUAACAUAGCUGUCCAGCAAAAGGGUCAGUCUACAUCGACAUCGGUGACAUACACCUAAUAAGAUUGCUAGACUCAACAAAUAUCCUAACUACUUUGUUUGUCAAAGCAGGGAUGUAUACGAUGACAAUUACUGGCUAUCUUGUGCUGAACAGGCUAAUUACUGGCCAACUCUGAAAUACACAGAGUUGCCAUAUGACCGCUCGGUAAGGAAGAUAAGAUACCCUAUGAUGUUUCGCUGACCAAGCAAGAGUCUUGCUGGUCAAGCAAGAGCACGUGGUGUGAACAUGUAGUCAUUACAAGGCAGAUAGAUAGACUGGAUUUAAAUAUCCCUUACGCAGCAAGAAUAAGAACUGCUGACGUUCGCCACGAUGCAAACUCUGGGCCACCGUCAACCCAGACACACGUGAUGGAGGUGUUUUGCAGAGACGGCAGACAGACGGCAGACCGAGACAGGCUAACAUCACCAGCAACACAGGGAAAAGGUCCCGAGAGCCAGAGCCAGGAGUAGAACCAUUUUGUACUUACAGAAAUAAAUCUUCGUUCCUGAACAACGAAA